UUGAAACCUAUAAUAGGGGAAAACCAAGGUUCUCGGCAUUUUUUUUUCUUUUAGUGAGCAGUGCAUCUAGGAUAAAAAAAGAUUUUUUUUUUCAAACUACACGCAUACACAGAUACGACCUCCUCUCCAGCCUCCGCGCGCCGUGGAAAUCCCACCACCGGACGCCCAGCAAACGGGAUUCAUCUGGAGGGCAAUUUCAAAUCGAGAUAAAUCUAUUGGAUUUAGAGGGAUUAUCUGAUUGCAGCUGAAAAAGAAGGACCGCUUGAUCAUUUCUAGUUCUCGCCUGAUGGUCGGAUUUAAAUGGAGGCGGCGGCGGCGGCGGCUCGGGGCUGAGGCUGCUGAAUUCCGGAUGGGAUUUUUUUUUUCGCAGUCUUGAGAAGACGAGCAGGGCGAGAAAAAAUUAUAUAAAUCGAUACAAUUCGGAAGUGUCCAGCGGAUGAUUUAAGAAGCUCGAGUGUUACAGCUGCUUUUUUUGGGGGGGGGGGGAAGGAUAACGCCUGGAAUCCGGCGAAUUUCGGCUUUAGCGGUGAUCUUGCCUUUAUUUUUUUUUAAAGCAGAGUCGUUGUGAACUGGAUAUAGACCUGCAGCUAACUGGAACUGAUUUAUAAGAGGGGCAUCUACGACAAAUGGCUGCUGUCUUAAUAUUGCUACUAUGGAAAACAGAAUUGUCAAUAGAACAUCAUCUGAUAAAUAGGGCUGAGUGAAGACCGAGCCACAAGGAGAAUGAAAUCCAUGGAAGAUACUUGUCGUGUGAAGAGCCGUCUGGGGGUGUUCUGACGGGCACACAUUUUGGAGGCUCGAUCCAUUUCAUUUCCCUGGCCCCCUCGAAGACAAUUCUCAUUCACCCCUGCCCCCUCCCCAUCAAGUGGAUACAAAUAAAAUUGCGUUGGCCAUUGUGAGACAACCGAUGUGGGACCAUGGCCUUCCCAAGGUCCGUGUGGCUGAACUGCAUGUGGAGAGCAAUGCUCGUGCGCCUGUUGCACAUGGGUUUGGAUGCCACGUUCACUUUUUGCAUACUUGGUUUCUUGCUUCACGCUGCCACCGUGUCGUCGCAAAAACUGGAUGAUACUGACCCAGUGGUGACAACCAGCUUUGGCAAAGUCAGAGGGAUGAAGAAGGAAUUAAACAAUGAAAUUUUGGGACCAGUCAUCCAGUUCCUUGGGGUUCCUUAUGCCGCCCCGCCCAUUGGGGAGCACCGGUUUCAACCUCCUGAGCCACCAUCUCCCUGGCCAGAUAUCAAAAAUGCUACCCAGUUUGCUCCAGUGUGUCCCCAGAACAUUAUAGAGGGCAGGUUACCUGAAGUCAUGCUUCCUGUCUGGUUUACUAAUAACUUGGAUAUAGUUUCGACUUACGUACAAGAUCAGAAUGAAGACUGCUUAUAUUUAAAUAUAUAUGUCCCAACUGAAGAUGGUCCCCUAACAAAGAAACAGACAGAUGAUUUAGGUGAUAAUGAAGGUGCGGAGGACGAAGACAUUCGAGAUAGUGGGGGGCCCAAGCCAGUGAUGGUGUAUAUUCAUGGCGGGUCCUACAUGGAAGGCACUGGAAAUUUAUAUGAUGGCAGUGUACUGGCAAGUUAUGGCAAUGUGAUAGUCAUCACCGUCAACUACCGGCUUGGGGUACUUGGUUUCUUGAGCACUGGGGACCAAGCAGCCAAAGGGAACUAUGGCCUCCUUGAUCUCAUUCAGGCCUUGAGGUGGACUAGUGAAAACAUUGGGUUCUUUGGUGGUGACCCGCUGAGAAUCACCGUUUUCGGAUCUGGCGCUGGCGGUUCGUGUGUCAAUCUCUUGACUUUGUCCCAUUAUUCUGAAGGUAACCGUUGGAGCAAUUCAACCAAAGGACUUUUUCAAAGGGCAAUAGCUCAAAGUGGGACGGCGCUCUCCAGUUGGGCAGUCAGUUUUCAACCUGCAAAAUACGCCAGGAUGUUGGCCACGAAAGUUGGUUGCAAUGUAUCAGAUACAGUAGAACUGGUAGAAUGUCUGCAGAAGAAACCUUACCGAGAACUUGUUGACCAGGAUAUUCAACCAGCCCGGUACCAUAUAGCCUUUGGUCCAGUCAUAGAUGGGGAUGUGAUACCAGAUGACCCUCAGAUCUUGAUGGAGCAAGGAGAGUUCCUCAACUAUGACAUAAUGUUGGGAGUUAACCAAGGAGAAGGGUUGAAAUUUGUAGAAAACAUCGUCGACAGUGAAGAUGGCAUCUCAGCCAGCGACUUUGACUUUGCAGUUUCAAACUUUGUCGAUAAUUUAUACGGAUACCCUGAAGGCAAAGACAUACUAAGAGAAACCAUUAAAUUUAUGUACACUGACUGGGCAGAUAGACACAAUCCAGAAACAAGAAGGAAAACACUGUUGGCUUUGUUUACUGAUCAUCAAUGGGUUGCGCCAGCAGUGGCUACAGCUGAUCUCCAUUCAAAUUUUGGAUCACCCACUUAUUUUUAUGCCUUUUACCAUCAUUGCCAAACAGAUCAGGUACCUGCAUGGGCAGAUGCCGCUCACGGGGAUGAGGUUCCUUAUGUUUUGGGGAUCCCAAUGAUAGGUCCUACUGAAUUGUUUCCUUGUAAUUUUUCCAAAAACGAUGUCAUGCUAAGUGCAGUCGUGAUGACAUACUGGACAAACUUUGCAAAAACUGGGGAUCCAAAUCAACCAGUCCCACAGGAUACAAAGUUCAUUCACACAAAACCUAAUCGGUUUGAGGAAGUAGCAUGGACCAGAUACUCUCAGAAAGACCAGCUUUACCUUCACAUUGGAUUAAAACCGCGAGUGAAAGAACAUUACAGGGCCAACAAAGUGAACCUGUGGUUAGAACUGGUACCUCACCUGCACAAUCUUAAUGACAUUUCACAGUAUACCUCUACGACAACUAAAGUGCCAUCAACUGAUAUCACUUUCAGGCCAACACGGAAAAAUUCAGUACCCGUAACUUCAGCCUUUCCUACAGCCAAGCAAGACGAUCCCAAACAACCACCGAGCCUAAUUUCCGGGGAUCAACGAGACUAUUCCACGGAGUUGAGUGUAACUAUAGCUGUCGGGGCAUCUUUGCUGUUCCUGAACAUUUUAGCCUUUGCAGCUCUAUACUAUAAAAAGGACAAGAGGAGACAUGAUGUCCAUCGGAGAUGUAGCCCGCAGCGCACUACUACCAAUGAUCUUACCCAUGCACAAGAAGAGGAAAUAAUGUCCCUCCAAAUGAAGCACACGGACUUGGGUCAUGAAUGUGAGUCCAUCCAUCCACAUGAGGUGGUUCUCAGGACCGCCUGCCCCCCAGACUAUACACUAGCGAUGAGGCGGUCCCCUGAUGAUAUCCCCUUGAUGACCCCCAACACCAUUACAAUGAUACCCAACACUAUACCAGGGAUUCAACCCCUACACACAUUCAAUACAUUUACCGGUGGACAGAAUAACACUCUGCCCCAUCCCCAUCCUCACCCCCACCCCCAUUCACAUUCAACAACUAGGGUAUAGCCAGACAAGACGAAACAAACUUUUUAUUUUUUGGUGGAUUACAGUGGGGGAUAAUUAUGGAAGACGUGACUUGGCUUUCAACCUACAAGACUCUUACUAUUUAAAUAUGGAGGAAUAUUAUGUGAAUAUACAUAUCAAGGACUUUGGGGGUUCGGGGCGGGGAAAUGAAUUGUACAUAUAUACAAAUGAACUUUUAAAAGAAAAAGUAUAACUUUUUACAAUUGCUUGAAGCAAUUGUCCUGAAUGAUACUUUUUUCAUUCACAUUCAAGUAUUAAUUUUUUGAGGAUUUAAGUUACGUAACAGAAUUAGGCUUGUGCAACAAAAUCAGGAAGGAGACGAUGACUGGAAAUUAAAAUACAAAAGUUCUAUCAAUAUGCACAAGGGACACAUUAAUGGAAUGUCAGAUAAUUUUCACCAGUUUUGAUUUCGAACUGUUUUCUUGUGUAGACCAUAUUUACAUAUUUGGAUAAUUAUACAAAGCACCGAUGCUGUUAAAGGCCUUAGAAAUGGGCUCAUUUGCUGAGAUCUGCCAAGGAAAAAGGGGGGAGAAAGUUUUAGAACCUGGCAGAUAUGACAUUAUCACAUAAGCGCUGUCAGUAUAAACAUUGUGGGAAUAAAGGAAAUGGGAUAUUUUUAGCACGAUGUGCAUGAUAAUUUAUUAUGCUUGGUGGCUGUGCUGCUGAUUAAGCCGUAAUUAAAAUUCUUGUCAUCCCAUUGGGGUUCGGAAUAGAAACUUCUUCCCUCAAUUGGCAUAACCUAAGGGAGGUUUAUUUUAAAGGGAGAAACUCCCUUCCCCCCCCCCAAAAAAACCCUUAAUUGACAACCCUGCAAUUCCCGUUAGUUUCCAAGUAACAAAAGGCAUUACAGUAGUUUUUAAAAAGGUGUUUGAUGUUAUGGAAGGUGCCGGGUGGGGAACCCAUGCGGAUAGGAAUCCCAAAAGGAAACAAACAUCUCUAUUCGGUUGCUACAUUCUCUUUCCACCUAAUUAAUUUACAGUGUUUAUAAUGCUGAUUGGGCAUUUUUGAUGAAGCAGUUACCGUUUUGAUGGGGUAUCACUACAGUCUCUUAGGUUUAUACCAUUAAUUUCUCUUUUUUAAAAAAAAAAAUCCAAAGAUUUAUUUCCAAGAAGAUGUUGCAAUACAUGAGGUUUCGCUUCUCCCUAACCACAAAUUAUCGCAUUGGUUAUAACUCUCGUUCAUUCGACUUUUCAUCUCACACGUGAUAAAAAUGUAUCCGUAGUAUUUCGAAGCUAUUCCCUUCUUAAUCUGUGUAUCGUCAGAGGUGAAGGAGGUCACUGGAAAGAUCUUUAAGGAGAGCUCUGCAUCAUACCGAUAGCGAUAUGGAAACUAUGGGGUUGGAUCCGAGGGGCUUGUCAGCUGGUGACGGAUUCCCUUUGAUUGUGGGUGUGGCAUUAAAAGAAAGCCACAGGAGUGUAGUGAGAAGAGAAAAAGACCACGACCGUGUGAAAAAGCCAGAAAGGAUCCAACCCUAUACAAAGAAUGGCAAAGUCAACGUUUGAAACGUUUCAAUUCUGCGUCUCAUUUUUAUCACUGUCCUUUUGAUUGGAAAGGAAUGAUUGAAAAAUGAUAAGAGGAUCUUUGUACCCCCCCCCCCGACAGUUACUUUCAAAUUGUUUAAAAGAAAAAUCGUACGCCACAAUCAUUUAAAAAAAAAGGUUUGUAAUGUGUAAUCAGAUGUACAUUUAUAUAGAAAAGAGGGGGAAAAAGUUGAGAUGGACUAAAGAGCACAUCCCUGAUGAGUAAUUUCUCUCUUUUCCUGUAUUAUAUUUCUAUUAGAGUAAAGUUAUGUGAAUCUUUUUUUUAUUUUGCAUUUUUUCAAAAAAAAAAUUACUAGCAAUUUUGAUAGUUUGUAAGAUAACGCGCAGAACUUUCUCUGACAAACUAACUGCAGUAACAGAAAUGUUUCUUUUCAGUUACUCUUUUUCAAGAUGGAAAGCUUAUUACACACACAGCAAAAUUGUAUACUACUUGAUGGGAAACAAACAUUCUUUGUACUUCUGGGCCAGUCGCGUUGGCUGCUGAGUGGAAAAAAAAUGCUAAUCUGGAUAAUGAAUAUUAUAAUUAUUUCAAUGCUAAGAGACCUGAGAUUUGCUCAUUAAAGAGCUCAAAUGUUUAUUGCUGUUUUGUCAUUUUUUUUAAAAAAAUGAAGUAAUGGUAACUGUCUCAGAAUAAAGAGUUAUUUCUCAAGA